AGUCACUUAACAGGUUUGCUUGGAUUGAAGGGGAGAAACAAUACCAAAUGUCUGAUAGAUGUAUAAUAUAAGGAAUUAGAUGGUCUUAAUUAUUAAUAUUCCAAGGUUAAUGGUGGCAAAGAUUAAUAUUCUACAUUCAUUCCAGGUUGUGUACAUCAGUGUUUUUGUCCUAUAUGUCUUCUUAGGAUCAUAAGAAGUCUUUGAUCCAUGUUAACAAGUAUUGAUCAUUGAAAGGAAUAUAGUCUCUUCCUCUGAAACACCAAUUUUCGUUUCAUGAGCAAAGGUCGAUAUUAUCUGGAUUUUAACUUCCUUAAAUAAGAAUGAAAGACUGCAAGUCAGAAAAUUAAUGACUACUGUUGUCUCCAUUUUCAUUUUUAUGUUUAUAUUCUUUUAUAUCCUUAUGUUUAUUUUCUUUCAUUUCCAUAUAUUCCAUGUGUUUUUUUUUUUUUUUUUUUAGUUCCUACAGAAAUUUUUUUUAAACUCUUUGUUUUCAAGUUCUACUUUCAUCUGAGCAGUUUCAGGAGUUUUCUUCACCCAUAGUUACCCUUUAUUCCCAUCACCUUCAUUUCACCCUUUGCUUUGCCAACUGACCCUUGUGGUGCUUGAUGCUCCUGAUUAAAUUACCAUGACCUUUACUUUUUAGCAUGGCACAUGGCAUACAUAACUCUUUUUACCCUGCCUGUUUAUAUCUUCUGUAUUUGCAUAUGAAUUUUCUUCUAUAUAGGUUGCUUUUUUUUGGGUGAUGCUGGGAAUUGACCCCAGGGCCUUGUGCAUGUGAGGCAAGCACUCUACCAACUGAGCUAUAUCCCAAGCCCUAGAAUGCUCUUUUGGGUAGUAGGAAAAAUCCUGUUUAUCAGUCAGUACCAAGCAUAGUGCUUCACUUUGCAAAAAUUAAUCACCAGUUCCUCUGUGCUGCACUCAGACUAUAUUUAGACACUAUAAUUUUCUUGUGGUCUGGGAAUUUAUUAAAUAAUGCUUACCUUUGUUUUCUCAAUCAUCUGAAACAAUCAUUGACAUUAGGGAAGUGUUUUUUGUUGUUGUUGUUUUUUAAAGAGAGAAUUUUUUUAAAUCUUUAUUUUCUUUAGGGUUCGGCAAACACAACAUCUUUGUUUGUAUGUGGUGCUGAGGAUCGAAUCCGGGCCGCACGCAUGCCAGGCGCGUGCGCUACUGCUUGAGUCACAUCCUCAGCCCAGGGAAGUGUUUUAUGCCUUGCUGAAGUGUUAAGUACAGAUUUGUUUUAUGAAAUUGAUAAGGUUUCAGAGGUAGAGGUUACUUGGACAUCACAAUGUAAGAAGACUAGAAAAAGGAGAAACUAGGAUAUUGUAUCUUACACUUAUUUUUAUUGUCAGAGUCAUUGUGCUGAUGCACAGGUGACCUUGGCUUUCCUCUGUGUGUGUGUAUGUAUGUGGUGCUUGGGAUGGAACCCAAGGCCUGCUGUAUGCUAGGCAAAUACUCUCCCAGUGAGCUACAUCUCCAGCCCUACACUUCAGUUUUAAUGUACCAUAUUAUUUCUGUCAUGCAUUGUAAAUGGUUUUAAAAAUAUUUUUCUCACAUGAAGGAUAAACAACUUAAAUGGAACCUCACCACUGGCAUCACAAACUGUGUUUUUUUUUUUUUUGGUUGACCAUUUUAAGGAGCAGUUUAUUAUAACAUGUUAAUAUAGAAUGUGGGUAGGGAUCAUAUGUUUGUUAACAGUGUGCCUGUACACAGUGGUUCUUAAACUCUUUGGUCUCAUGUUACUAGGAGUUUCUAGGGAAUAGGGGAGACCAAAGUAAUAAUACAUUCUUACUGUAUUUAAAAUUCUAAAUACUUUUGAUUGGGUGGCCUGUAUUUCUAAUUUUUGGAAACCUGAACACUUCUCUUUCAGCUCUGACAUGGAACAUCUUAAAAGUUAUCACAGUUAUCUUCACAAAAAGAAAAAUUUCGCUGAAAAACAGAAAAUCAAUAUCUUUUUUAAAAAAAUCUAGCAGAUAAUUAAGGGAAAAAUGGCCACCCUAAAACUAGAGAUGUAGGGAAAUGCAGAAAAUAACAAUUGAGAUUAGCUUAUCAGGAAUAAAAUUCUUUUUGAGGCAGUGAGUGGUAGGAACAUUUAAGGUAGAUCAUUUAUGAAUUGCUGGAGGCAAGUAAAAUUCUUGUGAGAAAAAUUCCUAGGACCUCAUUUGUAGGAAACCUGUGUACUUUACAGGGUUUUAUAUCCAGGAGCUCCACCAGGUUUUCAGAAAAGGAGACACAUCCCCUUUUGCUUUGUUCAGCGGCAGGGAAGAAGUAACCACUUUGAAGAACUAUCCACAGCUUUCUCCUUAACAAAGGCCUCAAGAGAAGCUACUAGAACCUUAUGUGAUUUGGAGGAAGGGCAAUUAGACAACUCAGGGUCUUUCUAGCCUUCAGUCUCAUAGGAGGGUAGGGAAGGCUAAAGAAGUGCUUUUUAGGGUGACAGAUGAGGGAUUCUGCUUACUGAAUAAACAGAUUUUCGUAAGUUGAUAGAAAUACCCCCUCUACCCAGUUCUUUACCACCACAUUGAUAGGUCUCCAGUGGAUUACAAUUGAGAGUUGCAAGACCUCAUGUUACUAGGAGUUUCUAGGGAAUAGGGGAGACCAAAGUAAUAAUACUAAAGGGAACUGAAGCUUUUGAUGCCUUCAACUACAAAAACAUUAAACACAGUUUAACUUCUUAUCAGGUCAACAUAAACUUCACAUGAGAAGCCUGAUGACCUUAGGUCCUAUACAUUCCACCAAAUCAUAUUUUUCAUCAAAAAAUAAAGCGUGAUCCCAGGUAUCUUAAGGAAGGCUAAAAAGGUUAAAAAAAAAAAAAGCAUUAGAAUAAUUUGUAGAUAUGACAUUGAUUUUUGAAUCAUUUUAGUCAACUUUUUCGCUGCUGUGACUAAAAGGACCUGACCAGAAUAAUUAAUUAUAGAGGAGCAAAGCUUAUUUGAAGGCUUAUGGUUUCAGAGGUCUCAAUUCAUAGACAGCAGGCUCCAUUCCUCAGGGCUCAAGGUGAGGCAGAACAUCAUGGUGGAGGAUAGCAGCUCAAAUCAUGAUUAGGAAGCAGAGAGAGACAGGUCAGAUAUAAAUAUAAAUCCCAAAGCCAUGCCCCAAUCCCACCUCCUUCAGCCACACCCUACCACUCAAGUUACCAAUCAGUUAAUCCCUAUCAGGAUUAAUUUACUGAUUAGGUUAACACUCUCACAAACCGGUCAUUUCUCCUCUGAACCUUUUUUGCAUUGUCUCAGUGAGUUUUUCAAGAACACUACAUCCAAACCAUAGCAAUUAUCAAAUAGGGAAUAUAAGUAAGAAUGGAUCUAAUGGGGAAAGUAUGUUGCAUGCAAGAACAGAUGGGUAAUGCAAGCAAAGAAUGAUAACUUGCUAAGAGCCACAGCCAAGUAGUGUGAUGCAUGGCAUUUUUGGUUGAAAGGUGACAGACAGCAAGCCAUUGAGAUGAUAUGAUUAUGUUAAGAUCUGCAUUCAUGUGGAUAUUAGACCCCUGCUGUCCACCUUGGCCUGCUACGGGACUCCUGGAGAGUUCCCAUUGGUUGGGGAAGUGCGGUAGGAGGGAAUUCCGGAGGAGGGAUUUCCUGUUGCCCGCCCGGGAGAACCAUGGGUCGGUUGGCAUUUUUUCCCCAGGAGCAUACGGGGCAUUGGCGGGGAGUUUCAAAAAAAAAAGUUUGUUCCUGUUUGAGUGGCUCGUGAUUUUGUGCCCAGCCAGACUGCAGCAAUAACUCUACAGAUAAUUUAAAGAGACGUGAUGUCAAAAGCACUGUGACAGAAGUGAAGAAUGCCUUUGGUGGAUUUAUCAAGAGGCUGGAUAAGCUAAGGGAGAAAAUCAGUGAGCUUGAAGAUAGGUCAAUAUAAACUUCCUCAGCUGGAAAGCAAAGAAAAUAGAGAAUGAAAACAACACCUAGGAACUAGGAAACUUGUAACAUGGAGGUAAGACUAUCAGAAGAAAAAGAAAUGUUAAAUAAUAUUGGCUAGGAAUUUUCCAAAACUAAUGAUGGUCACCAAGCCACAGAUGCAGGGAUGUCAGAAUAUCAAGCAAUAUAACUAAAAAAUAUCUAUGUUUACACAUAUAACAAGUUUCAGACAAUCAAAGUCCAAAAGUCAUUGAAAGAGGCCUCAAGAAGAAAUACAGAGAGGAAAAAGAAUAAGAAUUACAGAUUUCUCAUUAGAAACUGCAAACAAUAAGAGAACAGAAUGAAAUAUUUAUAGUUUUGAACAUCAAGUCUGGAAUCUGUCUAGAAUUUCUGAUUAUCCCUUAAAAGUGAAGGAGAAAUAAGACCUAUCCAAAUCUGAGAGAAUUUGUUACUGGUAGAGCUUCCUCAUAAGAAAGGGGAAAAUAAAUUUCUUGGAGAGAAGGAACUUGAUAUCAGGAACUGAAAUCAACACACAGGAAUAGCAUCAAAGAAGGAAUAAAUGAAGGCAAAAUAAAAUUCAUAAUUCUAUGCACAUAAUGACCCAUCAUAAUGCGAAGCAAAAAAUAUAUGGAGAAUUGUAAAAAAGAGGUUGACAAAUGCAUUAUUAUGGUUACAAACUUCGAUAUCUUGUAUCAGUAAUUGACAGGUCAAUCAGACAGAAAAUCAGGAUAUAAUUGAACUGAACAGUACUACUGUCCACUGGACCUAAAGAACAUUUAUAGAAUGCUUUCUCAAACUCACAUGGAACGUUUGCCAAGGUGGAACAUAUUCCAGACCAUGAAACACCUCAACAAUUUUAGAAGUAAUUAUACUAACUAGGUUCUCAGAUUCCAAUGACAUUAAAUUAGAAUUCAAUAACAGAAAGAUGGCUGGCUUAAGCUACAUAAAAGAUUAAACAACAUACUUGUAAAUAACACAUGGUUCAAAGAAGUUUCAAGAGAAAUUAAUAUUUUGAACUAAAAAUUACAACUUGAGGUUUGCAUGAUGCAGUAAUGGCAUUACUUGGAAGAAAACUGAUAGCAUUAAAUGAACAGAAAAUCAGACCUAAAAUCAGUUAAGCUUCUAGCAUAGGAAGCUAGAGAAAGAAGAGCAAUAUAGACCUAAGGCAAGCAGAAGAGUAAAAUUAGGAAAUCAAUAGAAAUACAAAAGAUGGUUCUUUGAAAAGAAUAAAAAUGGAUAAGCCUGUAGUCUGGCUAAGAAAAAAAGACAGAUUAGUAUUAAAAACUCUUAAAAGGGACUAAUAGUACUGAUUUCAUGAAUAUCAAAAAAAAGUUAGCAAAGUAAUAUUAAUGAACAACUAUGUACACAAAAUUUGAGAAAGAUGAAAUUGACUAAUUCAAGGAUAUAGUAUACCAAAACUUAGGAGAAAUAAAUAAUCUAUAUAAACACACACACACACACACUCUCACAGUUUUGAGACAUGAUCCUGUGUUGCCUAGGCUGGCCUUGAACCUGAGAUCCUCUUGCCUUAGCCUCUUGAGUAGCUGGGAUUGUAGGCACUAGCCACCAUGCCUGAUGUAUAUCCAUUACACCAAAUCAAUAACCUUUCAAAAAAGACCCGGUGGAUUCACUGAUGUUUUUCCAAACAUGUAAGAAAGAAAUGAUAAUAUAAUUUUAUACAGUCCCUUCCAGAAAUUAGAGAGGGAACACUUCUUAAUUCAUUUCAUGAGCCAACAUUAUGCUAGUUCCCAAACAAGGUAAAGACAUUAGAACAAUGAAAGCAUUCAGGCCAAUAUAUCUCCUGAACACAGAUGGAAAAAUUCAACAGAAUAUCAAGUUGAAGUAAAAAAUGUAUACAAAAUACUAUACAUAAGGAUCAAGUGGGAUUUAUUCAAGGUAUGUGAGAUAUUAUGUUCCUGCUUCAACAAAAGCCAAUUAACAUAAUCCAUCAUAUUAAGAGCUCCCACAGUGAAUAGGAGUAUGCCUUCCAUAUAGUCCUCACCAAGUCAUGUAAGUCAAUUUCACCAGCAAUGUUUCCCCUCAUUUGGAGACCUGGGGAGAAUAGCAGUUAUGAUUUCUCUGUAGUCCGCUGAAGAGCAGUGUAUUGAGACUGAAGGAAGAUGAUUGUACUAGAAGCAUUUAAAUGCAUUGUACAAAACAACAACAAAAACCCUGUGGUUCAUAAUAAAACAUGAUUUCUGAUUUGUAAUCUUUUCAUAUAAAUGGAACAAAAGCCUUUUAUUUUUACCUGAAACUAACUCAUUUUAAGAAAAACACAUUUAUUGUAGGAAAAUCAGAAAGUAAACAUAAUGAAAAAAAACUUCAUAAUUGUUAACUUCAUAUAUAUGCUUUUCCAUCAAAUUUCUAAAAUGUUCUAGGGAAUGGGAAUAUCAAAAUGAAUAAGAGAGACAGUGUCUACUCAUGGUAUUUACAUUCUAGGUGGAGACAUGGUAAGCACUAAAAAACACAAUAGCUUUUUAAAAUAUAAUUUUAAAAAGGUGAUAGGAUAGAUAGGGACUGCCUUGUAGGUGGAGGCUCCAUGUGGGCAAAGAGUGCAUCUUGACAAAUUUUAGCAAAAACAUAAGAGUAAGGCACUUUAUGGGGGGGGGGUGCAUUUUAGGCAAAGAAAUGGGCAAGGGGCUAAGGCCCGAGGCAAGAAGCAGCUGAGUGUGUCUGCACAAUAGGGAAAAUGGGUGUUGGUGAGAGGAAGCGAUGUGGGAGUGAUGGUGGAAAAGGGGUGGCAAAGGGUCAGAUUCUGAGGAUCUCUGUAGAUCAGAUAAUGAGUCUGGAUUUUACUCUCAAGUCAGUAAGUACUUUUAGAGCAGAAGAAAAAGACCGAAGAAUCUCUCAUUGGCUCUUUGGAUCUUAGAAGCAGGUGUAGAUGGGAUCUCAAGGUGAAAGCCCUUUCUAAUGCCCAGUAACCCUGCUGGGUUGAACUGGAGAAUGCGUUCCCAGUUGGGUCUACAGCCGGUGCUACAGUAGCAAAGCCAAUACCUGUGAUACAGCAAAAGAAGCGUUUCAGUGGGAUAUCUCCGAAGGCUCUACCUUGCUCCAGGACUCUCAGGUAAUUGAUGGGUCCUUUACUGCAGCUGCUUUGUAGUUCAUGGGUUCACCAGUGCUCCUUCCUUCACCCUUCACAAAGGUGAAAGCACGCCCCAGGAAAAUUCUUGUGUACAAGCCCCUGAGGUCAGGAUAUGUCUACCAGAAUCCCCACCCAUGACGGCCAGUACCAAGAGUGUGUUGGGAAUGGGCCCACCACUGAAUCCCACUAAGCUUGCAUCUUUCCAUAUAAGCCAUGCUAAGCAAAGGCUGAAUUAUAACUAACCGAGGCUUGAUGAUCCUCCAGGAUCAAGGCAGGAGAAGAGGCUUGUAAGGAGCUGCUACAAGGCCAUUUCUUAUACAAUACCUUUCUCCCCUGGAGUUAUAUCAUACGUCCCCAUGGCCUCUGUGGUUCUGAGGAAGUAUGAGCUCCCUGCCCUGCCCUCAGCCUCAGAAUAGAACUUCAGAAUAUUAAACUACUCAGCUUCAGUCUUUUGACUGCUUAGCAACAAAAUGUCCCACAACUCAUGUUGCCAUCAGUCACCCAUUUUGUUUUUGAGUGUGAAAUAAGGAUUUUGGCACCUUUGCCUAAUCUCCCUUUCACUGUCUAUGUAAGUAACAUAAUUAUAUGCACCUAGAAGUGGAUUGUUGUGCCUUAGCUGGUAGAAUAACUGGGGCCUUGAAUUAAUUAUGUGUGCUUAACAGUGCUACGCUACCCUACCUUCACUUACAUCAGCCUUUUGACCUGCAACCUCUUAUAUACACAUAUCUUCUUGUAUAUGCAAUCUUGGAGAGGAGCAGAGAAGAUUUAAAAAGUAUUUAUGAUCUGAAUAAACAGCAGGGCAAACCCUGCUAUUAUAAAUUCCACAGGUACACAGUGCCUAUCAUGUACUAGUGCUGAGAUGCGCUAGCAACGAGCUCUAGAUCAAUGCUGAUUAACAUGUGAGUGCAGAAAAAAAUGCUCUAGAUCUAAUGUUGAUUAACAUGUGAGUGAGUGCAGAAAAAAGGGAAUGCUUGGUCUCCUGGAACUACUGAUGUAGAUCAGUCAUGCAGCUGCUGUGUUCCCACAUAGAUCUAUUUGUAGCUGGAAUUGAUAAGUUUCCCUGGAAGUCAGCUGGAACCUAACCAGAUUAUUGUGAGAGACCAGCAUUAUAAAAACAACUACACUCAAAGCUGCCUAUCCAUUUGUCAAGAUAGAGGUCAAAAGAAGCCUUGUCUCAUUGCCCCUUUUAAUUUUUUUUUGAUUCUGGGGAUUGAACUCAGAGGCACUUGACCACUGAGCCACAUCCACAGCCCUAUUUUGUAUUUUAUUUAGAGACAGGGUCUUACUGAUCUGCUUAGCACUUUGUUUUUGCUGAGGCUGGCUUUGAACUCAUCAUCCUCCUGUCUCAGCCUCAUAAGCCAUUGGGAUUACAGGAGUGCACCAUCUCACCCAGAGCCCCUUUUAAUUUUGCCAUGUUCUGCAAAUAAAUUUGAUAGGAAGAAAAAUGACCAGAGUUUUCAAUGAGAUCAAUUAAGUCCUUAUUUCAAAGAUUUUUUUUUUUUAAUAACCUGGCUGGGGUGUCUAGCUUAGCAUGUGUGAGGCCCUGGUUUUGAUCCCUAUUACCACCACAUAAAAAAGCUAACAUUUUAGGGUUGGGAUAUAGCUCAGUGGUAGAAGCACUUCCCUAGAAUGUGUGAAGCCCUAGGUUUGAUCUCCAGCACCACAAAACAAAAAUAAAGAAUCAGUGCUGAACACUGGAGAAGUAUUUGCUCUCAUACAUUCUUCUUUAAAAAUUAUUUUUUAAGUAAUAGAUGGACACAAUACCUUUUGUUUCAUUUAUUUGUUUUUAUGUGGUACUGAGGAUUGAAUCCAGUGCCUUACUAGGCAAACGCUUUACCACUGAGCCACCACUGCAGCCCCUCUCAUAGACUCUUAGUGGAAGAUGAUGUAAUGCAAAUAUCAUAUCUCUUUAGGAUAGUAAGGCAGUAUAUAUAAAUAUGGCAUUUUAUCUGGCAACUCUAGGAAUUUAUCUUUAUAAAAUAAUAGAAUAUAUGCAUAAACAUGUAUAUAAGAAUGUUAAUUAUGGCAUGCUUAUAAAAGUAUUAGAGAUAUUUUUGCAGAUUAUGCAAAUUAUGGUAAACAUUUGCAAAGAAUUACUCUGCAGUUACUUUUUCAACUGAGGCAUAGAUAGCUAUAGGAAAGAUACCUGUGAUGUAUAUAUGAAGAAAAUCUAUUUGAAGAAUGUGAAGUAUAAUCUGACAUUAAAAAAUAUGGAAGUAUUUUUAAAAUCUGGAAGGAGAAAGGAAAAUAACAUUGUCUAUGAGUGAAUAAGUUUAUAGAAUUUUUAAAAAAUUGUCUUUGCUUCCUAUUUUUUCUAUCACAUGUAUUAUUCUUAUGAUAACUAUUAUUUUUAAGUAGCUGGGCAUGGUGGUGCAUCCUGUAGUCCCAGAAACUUGGGAGGCUGAGGCAGGAGGUUUGCAAGUUCAAAGCCAGCCUCAGCAAUUUAGCAAAACCCUCAGAAACUUAUCAAGACCCUUUCUCAAAAAAAGUGUGUGUGUGUGUGUGUGUGUGUGUGUGUGUGUGUGUGUGUAGGGGGAACUGGGGAUGUGGUAGGGUUGUGGAUCAGUGACUGAGUGCCCCUGGGUUAAAUACUCAGUACCUAAAAAAAUGAAAAAAAAUUUUUUGAGUAAAAAAAUAAUAAAACGGGGCUGGGAUAUAUAGCUCAGUUGAUAGAGUGCUUGUCUUGUAUGCAUAAGGCCCUGGGUUCAAUCUGCAGCUCAAAAACAAACAAAAUAAUAAUAAAAGAUCCUUUUCUUUAAUCACUGUAUUCUUUUUGGCCAAAAACAAGACAUAAAAACAAAAAUUAUUGUUCCUUUAUAGGAACAAUAAUGUGAUUACAAAUUACAUGUUUUAUUACCAAGUGUUUUUAAAAAUGCAGUUAAAGAUUCUUUUACUAAAUUCAUCUUUCCUCAGCCCCUGAUAUAUUCUCUUCUCUUCUAUGGAUUCUAUUUGGAGAAAUCAUAAAUGCUUUUCUUCCCAAAGAUUCCAAGGAGAACUCAAUCCUUGGUGGACUAUUUUUUGUUGAGUUAAAUACAGUUUGUGUAGCCAAAUGACUGUAUGGGGUUCCACCUGGGCGGUGGGGCCCCACUCAUUGGAAAGGUCAACUCAGUGCUAACUGUGGUCCAAAGCUGGCAAAUCAAGCUAUAAGGCCAGCCUAGGAGGCAUGAGCUGGGAGAGAACCACAAAACCCUAACCCUACAAUUCAGUCCCAACGAGAACUGUGUCUGGAUAAGAAAUUAAAGCAUCAGAUCACCUCUCACUUUGAGUAGAGGCUUCCAUCUACAAAGGAAGAAAGAAUUCCCCAGUGUGAGGAAACAUUUAGGAAAAGAAUUCAGCUGUUCUAUAGGUGACAGGAACUACCACAUCACAAUGAUGGUGAUAAUGGCUAGUAUUUGUUGAGUGAUGAUGUUUGUGUCCAGCUCUGGAUCUUACAGAUAUUUAACCGUUACAGAGAGACCCUGUGGGGUAGCUAAUACUGUUAGCAUCCCCAUUUUAUUAGUGAAAGCAAUUGUAAGCAGGAAACACCAGCAUAGGGAGGUUAAAAACCUGCCCAAAGCCACACAGUAAGAAAAAGGGUCAGGAAUUGGUUUCAGUUAGUCUGGUUCAAGAGAUAGACUGUAAACCACAAAACUCACAAUUUCAAAACAUUGUGUUCUAUUAGAAUUGGUUGUGAGCUAUUGCCUUCUGUUUGUCUCAAUUUCAACUCAGAAAGAUGGAUAGUUUAAUGCUGGUUACUUAUAAGCAGGGUAUAAAUGAAAUAAUAUUAGUCAAGGUUUACUGCCAUGUCUGAGUUUACUGCUCUGUCUGAAUUUAGAGGUUCAGGUGGAGAAAGUCGUUCCAGAUUAACAAAAUUGAGGUUUGAGUAAUUGCUCAUAUGUGCCAGCACCUAAUGACCUAUGUGGAUCCAGAGUUCCUGCCCUAAUGGCACUCACAAACACUUUGAGUAAGCAAACUUCCAAUGCAGCCAGUAACCCCUGGAACUUACAGGUAACUCACAGAGCAACCAAGUAGCCACAGGAAUAGAGGGAAUUUGGGAAAUGAAAUGGUCAAUUGCAUAGUAGCAAGCCUGGCUCCUUAGUGAUAUCCAGGCCCAUUCAAGGCUAUAUCCCUGCCUCAGUGGGAAGGAAUUGAGAGAAACUUAGAAAAAUGAAACAUUUUUGAAUGGGAAAAAAAGUCACAUCUAUUUCAACUCAGGUUCAGUAGAUUCUUGUACUCAGGACAAAUGUCUAGUCAGCUAGAUAAAGCAGGCACUGGAAAUCCUUAAGACAAAAAAAAAAUUAAGUUUUUUCAGCUGGGCAUAGUGGUGCACACCUGUAAUCCCAGUGGCUUGGGAGGCUGAGGCAGGAGGCUUGUGAGUUCAAAGCAAGUCUCAGCAAAAACAAGGAGCUAAGCAACCCAGACACUGUCUCUAAACGAAAAGAAAGGGAGGAAGGAAAGAAGAAGCAAUUAAUGCCAGAGGGGGAGAGAUAGGAAUCAGUGAAGCUUCACGGGGGAGGUAGCAUUUGCAAGAAGUCUCACAAAGUUGGUGUUUGUUGAAACAGAUAAAGGAGAGGACACCUGGAGGGCCCUUUAGCCAAGGAUGGGGUGUGGGGAAAUGCAGGCCAUGAGGCUGAAAGGUAAGUUGUGUUGAGUUGUAGACAGGAUGAUAUGUGAAGGAUCUAGGGGGCAAAUUUUAAGGAGGCACUCACUCUCAGGCUUAGGCAAGAGUAGGGUUAGUACAGUGGUUGUGGCCAAUAAGCAAAGAAUUGACUUCAAAAUCUCUUAUAUGGGUGAUUUCCAUUUUGAGAAGAUGUACUUUUCCUUAUUCUAUGUGAAACUAAAACCUUGGACAUUAUAUAUAAAAGAGCAUAUGUUUCAGACAAGUAGAAGAAUUCUGACUAGUUAGAGACCUUGAGAAUCCAAGGAAUGUCAUGGUGGUGAAUUCCCUGGGUUUUGUUUUUGCCUUAUAUUUCCACAUUUGGGGCUGAAGGUGCCUGCAACUUGGAAACACCAGUGAGUUCAGGCAAAAGUCUCCAACAAAACCAUACUCUGUUUAACCAAAGGACCAGGAAAUGGGCAGCCUAGCAAGACAGAAAACUUUUACGAAGUUUCUGCUGCAUUCUGACAAACACAAGGUAAACUGUGGCCAGACUCCAAUCCCACUAGAAAAGACUGAAUGUAGGGUGUAGACUUCACCAGACUGUAUUCUCACCAGACUGUAAAAUGGUGUCUCAAACUACUCUUCCAUGCCUGGAUGGUGUCAGAGAAGUCUCAGUAGAGCUGAGACUCAACCCUGGGUGGUAAUAAUUCUCCAUCCAUGUGGUAUCAGUAGAGACCCUUGGGGAAUUGAGAUUUCCAUCCUUACCCUGUUGGUAAUGAGAUACCCUCCUACCCAACUGCUGGGGUAGCAUCAGAAGGAGGCCUAUUGGAAACUGCACUGUCUGGAAACCAAAGCCACAAGGAGAUUUUUCUGUAAUUGUCUCUAUAAGAACCUGGUUGAAGUCCUAGAGGCAAAUCUCAUGAAAAUGUACCCCCGUCCCAACCAAAACAAAAAUUGGGCCUCAGGGAGUUUUAAUCUCUCAAAAUAGUUCUCAUUCAGCCUCCAGUAAGACAUUAAUUACCAUUUAAAUAUUCCUACCAGUUGCUGGCUCUGAUGGUGGAUUCUGUUCCUGGUAAGCUGUAGUGCUUUUUAUUCAUCUGUCUACCCAUUUUAUUCCUUUUUAUUUAUUUAUUUAUUAUUAUUAUUAUUAUUAUUAUUAUUAUUAUUAUUAUUAUUAGUGAUGCCUUUUGCCCUGCUUGAAUUCUCUGGUUGACUUCUGCAGAGUUGCUGAUUUUUCAGUUUGUUCAGCAUUUCUCUUGUUGUGAGGAUGAUAGUAACAGUUCCCAAGCUCUUUACAAGUGGGAACAGAAACUGAAAGUCCUGUGUUAAUUUUUAUCCAUUAUUUUAUUUAUUAUUUAGAUUUGUUCUUCAGUUUGGGUAAUCUCAAUAUAUCUUUAAGUUCACUGAAGUUUUCAUUGUUUAUCCCUUUUUGUGGGCCACACUUUCUUGUUUCUUUAUAUAUCUUAAGUCUUUCUAAAAUUUAGACAUUUAAAAUAAUAUAUCAUGGAGCCAGGUGCAGUGGCCUAUAAUCCCAGCGACUCGGGAGGCUGAGGCAGUAGGAUUGUGAGUUCAAAGCUAGCUUCAGCAAAAGUGAGGUGUUAAGCAACUCAGUGAGACCCUAUCUAAAUAAAAUGCAAAAUACCUGGUACCCUCCUGCCAAAAAAUAUAUAUUUAUAUUUAUAUUUAUAUUUCAUGGCAUCUUUGGAAAUCAGAUUCUUUCCUCUCUCUAGGGUUUGCUGUUUCUGUUGCUUAGUAUAGUUGUGUAGUUGUUGUUUACUGUUUUUUUUUUUUUUUCCUCUCGAAUAGUUCUGUAAAGUCUGUAUUCUUUGUCAUAUGUGGACACUGAAAAAUCUACUGAUUAGCUUAGUGGUCUCCUAACAAAUGGGCAAAUAUUUCUUUAAAUGUCUGCAAAAAUGGAAUACCCUAGUCAUUGUUGAGUGGCUUUGUUUGCAUGUGAGGCAUGCCUUCAAAGCUCAGCCAAGCAGUUGAAAACUCUUCCUUGGCCUUUUCUUCCUGCUUGGGAAGAGCCUCAAGGUCAGCUCGAGGAUAUAGCUUUGGACUUAACCUUGAGCCUGCUCACAGUCCUGGACAUGCAUACAGCCUUACACAUGUGCAUGAUCUCCUAGACUUCUGGGAACACGUUAGAGCUUUUCAAAAUUCCUGCAGUUUUGGGAUUUGGGGACAUAAUGUUUCCCCAGGUUUUCCUGUAAGCUUUUUUGGCCAAUCUAUCAUUUGCCCCAAAUGUUAUCCACUACGUUAGGCAGGAAGUUAAAAGAAAAUUGCCUGGAAUAGUUUUUGCUGGAGUUCUGUUGGGAGAAGGAUUAUUACACUGGGUGAUCUUCAGGUCAGGUCAGCUUUGCAAAUGUGGUCUUAAAGGUAACCAGCAAAAAGUUCAAACAAUGAGAGAGUUAUUUGUUAAUGAGGACUUGAAAGAGCUCCACCUUUGUUCUGUUUCUCUGGUAGCUGCUCUGGAACAUAGGCUGUUAUUUCAAGGUUACUAUGGAGCUAAAGAGCAAGUGAUGGGACAAUGCCACAGGGUUUGCUAUUUAUACUGAUAUUUGGUUGUUUCUCUUGAAUUAAUGCUUUUUGGAAUGCUGCAAGGCUUUAGUUGAUUUCAAGAGUUAAGAAAAAAUUGUUCUUAAAAAAAUAUUGCUUGACUUGUAUUUGUUUUAUGGAACGACUUUGUGGAAGUUCUUAUGCCACCAUUUUUGUUGACAUCUACUGUGCUGUUCUUGAUCUCAUCCAGUUUGUAGCUAGAGCAGUAAGGAAGUUGUAGUUAAAAUAAUUCCGUGCCUUUGCUGGAUCAAAGUACCUUGAAAUUAUAGAAUCCUGAAUAAAGUGGGUAGCCUACUCAAAUUACUUUGAGCCUUUUUAUCUUGUCUAAAAAGCACGGUAUGAUACCAAUGAACCUAUAUCUGAAUCCUGUUAAAUGGCUACAUACUAUUUCACAGGGUGGCUAAAAUAUAAAGUCUAAACAGUUUUCUAUAAUUGACCUUUUAGAUUCAUGAGCAUUUUUAGAUAUUAUUCUCUCCACAUUACUUCCCUUUUAUUUUAUCCAGAUUUGCUUUGGAUUAGCAAUCAGAAGUUAAGUUUAUCUGAUGGAAACAAAAUCUGAAAAGAGAAGAUUGUGAGUCCCAUGAUGUAAGACAGUGUUUGGGUGAUUCCGUUUCCAUUGGUACUAAGCUAUAUCUGAGCAUAGAAUGGAAUUAAGAACUUCAUGAAAGAAGAACUGCUGUCUAGAGGGUUGAUGUCAGAUAGCCUGUGUCCUCACUGACAGUGGCUAUCCAUUCUGCCAACUCUGGUGGAAGAUUACACUUCUCAAAGUGAGUUCUUCAAUCCUGGAUCUUAAUAAUUAGAGUCUGCUUUAUUAAAUUAAAGGUUUCUGAAGUUCCUGAUAAAGAUGUCCUGUUUCAUAAAAUGUAUUUUAAUUGUAAUUUUGUUUUUACUGCCAGACUUCAUCCAUCCAAGAAGACUCAGAAGGUAGUGAGUAUGCUUUGGUAGUCAGAUUGUUUUUAUAUCUUAGGGAUUACUUUUUCACAGUUUCAGAAAGACAGGUUAAACACAUUGAUUAUUCCAAAUUAGAUUUAUUGGGAGGAUUUACAAUUUAGAAUUUAGAAGGAAUAAAGGCAGUUUUCAGUAGAAGAAUGGAAAAACUUUUCCCCUCAAACAUGCAUUAUUUACAAAAUGGAUUUGCAGAUUCUCAGUAUUGUCAGAACAAUAAUAUUGUGAAACAGUCAUUCCCAUGGGAAACCUCUAGAUCCAAUGUACAAUGAGAGGUUAGUUCUGGCUGUGAAUGAGAACAGUUCAGAGGCCCAAGCACAAAGCCAUUAGCUCCACUGCAGGCCUGAUUGUUAAUUAAGGGCCACCAUAACCUAUGAGAGGCAAAGAGUCUGUCCACUGGCUGUCUGUCCUUCUACUCCUUCUGUCUGGGUUUUGAAUCUCAGCUCUUUUCAUACAGAAGUAAACCCUCUUACCCACCCCUGGCCAGCCUCAGCCUCUCUGGGAAGAGUCCCUCAAGGUUUACACACAGAGGAUCUGUGUUUGGGUCUGUUCCUCCUCUCCUGAGGGAAGUGUGUGGAGGUUGCUGAGGGCAUGUGGGAGGGAAGCCACCCUCACUGCUUGCCUACACUUCUCUGCCCAGGUAUGUUUAAGUCUUUUGACCUCCGUACGAUAAUUAUGUUCGCCAUUGGUAGCGGGAUCCUGGCGGCCAUGCUCAUGCUGAUAGGACUGGUCCUCUGUCUUUACGUCAAACUCUUCAAGGCACUGAAAGCUGCAAAGGAAUGCUGUUCAAACAAGUUCCAGAGUAAGGGAAACCCACCUAAAGGCAUCACCGAGACUUCUCCUGCCCUCCAGUGCUGUGAUGAAUGUAGCAUGUAUACAGAUUAUGAUUCCCUGCCACCUUGCCUUUGUGGCACAAAUGAGGGACUCUGACAUGGGAAUGGUGGACAUAAAAAUCUUGAGCAACAUUUCUUUCUUAGUGGAAUGUUUUAUUAUUCAAGUUCUAUAGUGUUUACAUUAUACUACAUACUAUAAAAUGUUAUUUUAUGUUAUUUUAAAUAAAUGUACAAUGUUGAAAAUA